GAAAAAGUAAACAAAAUUGAAAAGCGAAUCAAAAUAAAGUUUGUGUUACAAAAACAAAAAUUCUUAAAUUAAUAAAUUAAAAUUAAAGUCGUAGUCCAGAAAUAAGUCUCAAAAAUGGAUAAAUCACAAGCAGAGCAAUUCUGGAAGAAAGUUGAUCACAUAUCAGGCGGAGUUGAGCCAAUCCUCAGACAUUUUCUCGAAGCUAAUGGAUUUAGAAAUUUCAGCUCAUUCCUUCACACAUCAUUUGAUGAAAAUCUCUCAAAUCGAAUGGUUCAGCAUGUAAAAUCCAUGAAACCAGACAAUCGAUACUAUAAAAUACUAACAGAUUGGUAUGAUGAGCCAUUAGAAGGAUUUGAGUUGCUUGAAGGAUGGAAAAGUUCACUUCGGACUGUUUUUAUAUCAAUGAAUUCUUGCGAUCCGUCAUUAUUUAUGGCAACGGCAAAGGAAGUGUCACCUCAACAACUCCAGACACAGAUCCAGCAGCAAAUUAAUAAAACAAAUUGCAUUGAAAGCAUCACAAAACGAAUGAAGGAAUCUGAAGCUGAUCCAAAAUUUCUUCCCGAUCUGAUUGAAAAGUUUCAAACGAAAUUAUUUGCAAAAUUAAAAGAAUUUGACUCGGGACUUCCAUGGAAUGAUAAAAAACAGAUUCCAAUAAGUUUUGUGUGUAAUUUUGAGAGUGGAAAGAAGUUUGAAGUAAAGUGUCCGUACUGCUCAUCAGCAUUAGUAGUCUACUGGAGGUAUCAACAGGCCACAUCAAAUGCUGAUGUGUUUUAUCCAAAAUUCAAUGAUAGUAAUUAUUUUAAGCACAUGAUGAGGCAUUGGAAUGGAAAUUUAAAUACCACAACUGGAAAUACUCGAAGUGCACAAAAACGAAAAGCCGACGACUCCCUAGAAUCAUCCCUUCAAGACACUUUUUCAAAUUCUGAAGAGUUCAUACUGCAUAGCAACAUAAAAAUUGAAGAUCCCGAGUGGUAGCACUAGUCAAAAUGCACCAAAAUAUUCAACUCAUAACUUAUUAAUGUAAUUUCUAAUUUAAAAUAAAAAUAACUGUCAAC